AUGAAAGGGAGGGAGCAUGAGGCUGCUCGUGAUCCUGACAGUAUUGUGGAUAAAAACAGAGCUAGGCAAGAUGCUCAGGCUCUUUAUAAAGCUGGCGAGGGAAAGUGGGGAACAGAUGAAUCAACGUUUAAUCAGAUUCUGUGUGCUAGAAGUUACGCUCAUCUUCGUCUUGUCUUUGAAGAAUACUCAAAAGGGUUGGGUACUGAUGAUAGAACUCUUGUUCGUGUGAUGGUCUCUUGCUGUGAGGUGGACAUGGUUAAGAUCAAAUCAACCUUUGAGAGGAAUUACGGGAAGACACUGGAAUCAUUCAUAAAAGGAGACACCAGUGGAGAUUACAAGAGAGUUUUGUUAGCUCUGGCUGGAGAAUACUAAUUAUAGUAAACAGUUUUGUCAAAUUAUUAUAUCAGUUGAUUUUAUUUUUUGUGUAGUUUGAUUUUUAUUAUGUACAUUUAGUGCUCUGUAGGAAUUUUAAUGUGCGUGGGCGUAAUCUUGUGGGAAGCAGUUAAAUACUCGCGUUCUAUCCCUCCAUUUCACAACCAUAGACCAUAGUCCUGUAUGAGAGGAAAGGAGAGACUACAGUGUCACUAAUAUGAACAGGGAGAUACGAGUUCUAAGGAAAUAUUUCGACUCGCUUUGUCGUGCAAUCAGUGACCCUCUUCAGCUCGCGGGUGAUUUACAAGGCGAGGGGAUCAUAUCAGAGGAUGAGUAUUCAGAACUCCGAGUCUCUUGGACUGGCGGAGCUGAUGAUGGGGAAGAAGAGGGUCCAAGGACGCAGAGGCAGAGAGCCGCUGUUAAAAUGCUCUCAGCUGUCGAUCAGUCCAUAGCAAAGGACGCUUCCAUAAUGUCUAGCCUCAUACAGGUGUUGAAGGAGAACCUCAACGAUAAUGGGAGAGCCUACGAGGCUGUGAGGAGCAUGGAAGUAGACCUAAAUGGCGGAGGGGCCACAGAUGACUUUAUAUCCAUACAACACGCGAGGAAAAUCAUGGUGAAACAUAUGAACAACAUUGCUGCAGUUAUCACUGAUGCUGGUCGGAUUGCAGAUUCACUCCACGACCAGGGGAUCAUAACAGAGAGAUCACUGGACGACAUUAAGCAGUCUUUACCAGAGAGCAAUGGUCUCGGCCAUGACAAAUCUGCCCUCGCCAGUAUCUCAAGACUACUCAUGUCAGUCGAGUCACAGGUUGGCAGAGAUCCUGGUAAAUUCCCGGUACUUAUCGCUGUAUUAAAAGACGAUCCUUCAACAGAUCAGAACGUCAUAGCCUUACUCGAAGCAGAAUAUUAUCACUCAUUAAAUUGACAGAAACUCAUAACUUAUCAUGAAUGAUUAAUUAUAUUUUAUUUCAUCUCAGUUGUACUUUUAAAAAAUAAUUAUUUUGAAAAUAUUGAUUCCCAUAAUGGGCAUUACUACUGUGUCAACAGCCUAAAAA